UGAAAUGUCUACUUGUCUUUCAACUCUGCUAUUUUUCCGCAGAAAUGUUCUAUCAUUCUGACAGGUUUCUCAUGAAUUUUGUGGUAGAGAGAAGAUAAUAAGAUCGCAUAAUACGCACAUUCUAUAAAUUGAAUUAAAAAAGAGUAGCGGAAUUUUAUUCUUGUGAAAUAGUAGUCUUUAAAUCUCAAGAUAAUUCGAAAUUGUAAUAUGAAGAAAUUAUGGGGGUGGGGGAAAAUUGACAAUAGAAAAUAACGUAGAGAUUCAAAUCGUUCCCAAGGUUUCCUGGAAUGUGACCGUGAUCUAGAUCAUUUAUCCAUUGUCUCGUAUGCGAUCAAUGCUCAAUGACUCAAUUUUGUAGUAACACACGCAACCAAUUGUAGCUCCGCGGAUAUUGCGAAUUGAUGGCGCUUAGGGUCGACAUUGGGACGUAGGGACGAUGUUUAGUAGCUGCGAUUACAAUUUUAUUAAAGAUCGAAAAUUUAAUGAAUGAUUAUGUUAGCAAUUUGCAUUUCAUCUUGAAAAGACUCUUUGUUUAAAGCGACACAAAAAUUAUUUCUCUAAAUUAUUUCGUACAAUUAGGUUUGCACAAUUUUUUACAUAUAUUUAUCUACGUUUAACAUGAAUGUGAAAAUUAAGUAAUUGUAAAUCUUCAGAAACGGCUAUUUGACUUUUUUACGUCGGUAUAAGUUGAAAAUCGCUUUAGCAUGAUAAUCUAUGCGGUCGUGCUCCUGUAUUCGCGAUACAUAUAAUAUAUAGUUAAUAAUGGAAUGGAAUGUUGUCGCGGAAAAUCAAGUGUGCUCGUUAUUUAUGCUUUCUACCUGAUUGCAGUAAAGUGCAGCGAAACUUUAACACAAUAAUACAUUGAUACUACAGGGUAUCUUUUAAUCGAGAACAUCACAGACUCGUGUUUUAAAUAAAACGGUCUGUUAAGAUUUAGAAAGAGAGAGAGAGAGAGACUCACGCGAAUUACCGACAAGUACCUUUUAUGAUUUUUUUGCAUUUUUAAGAAAUCGUCCAAGAGGUUCCUAUUUGCGAAGCAAUGUCGCGACACUGUAUCAUUUUCCGUUGUUAAUAAUGCGACGCGAGAUAGACUUGGUUGUUUAUACCAGUAAUCGCGUAUCAGCGGAAGAAUGGCGAGACAGUUUAUUUUCUGCAGUUCAACAACUUUUUGUCAAAGAAAUAUUGUUUAUACAGAAAUCUUAUUUUAUUGGCGCAAAAAGCUUGUGUGACGCGCGAUCGCUGCAUCACGAGACGAGGAGUUUAGCACUGCUAAACGUUGUGCAAAGUUUAAAUCUUUCAUUUGCAUCGACACGGCGACGCAUAAAAAAAGCGACAUAACGAAAGACGUGAAUAUAAUUACUUGGGUGUACGUAGAAUGAUGUCGAAAAGAUAUCGAUCUAUUGUGAAAUUCAGCAACUGUAAUGCUAAAAGUGUAGCAUUCCAAGAUUCUAGUUUAUUCAGCUGGUCUGUCUAGCUAAAUAAGAUUUGAUGGUGCUCGCGUCAAUUUUGAAAAUUGAAUUCUUCAUUGGCAGAUAAAGAUCGGAAAAAAUCAUAAAGCGGAAAAUUACUGACGCGAAAACGCUCUAAUAGAUUUGUUUACUUUGCUGCUCUCUUUGCAUAUUCGCAGUAGAAUAAGGAUGUACUCUUGUAGAAGACAAGUCCUCUUUGGGAGACACGGACAACAGAAAAUUGAAAUGAGAAGCAAACGGAUAAAUUGCAUAUAAUUAUUACUUAUUUUGUAAGAAGAGUUUAAAGUCCGACGGAACAGAAUUUCUUUCAACGACUUAAUCUCAGUACAUAGUGCAUAGUAUUGUUAUCGCAUAUCCGCGUACGAAGUGCACUCGGCUAUCGGAUUACCGACGUCAAACAAGACUUGCAGAUUAUCAAAAAUGCAUCGAUAAAUAUUUAUGCAAAUAUAAACACAUUCGUCUAGAACACAUGAUGAUAACGCACUUCGUAUACGAUUCCUGUUUAGAGAGUAGAUUAUUUCGGAGUCGAGAGUUGUUUCGCUAAUAUUAAUUAUAAUCAAUUGAAGAUUCGAUAUAGCGAGUAUAAAAUCUAACGUUGAGUAAAUUGUAAUAAUCCAGGAAAAAAAAGAUAAAUUAAGAUGAAUCGAAAGUAAUUAAUGUACGUAAGAUUGAAUUCUCACCUUAAUUAAUUGUGAGCGUAAGCCGGCAGCAUAAGAACAAAUUCAAUUUUAAUAAGAUAUAAUUUACGUGGCUUACGCCAUUGCUCGGCACACAAACUCCCGCGCAAAGCAAAGUAUCGGUUUCUCUAUAGAAAUGACGUGCACGUGUGCGGGUGUACACACAUUUUGCACUAUGCAAACACAAGAAAAAAAUAUCGAGUAGUACACAUCGUACACGCCGUGUUAAAUAAUACGGAUACAUAUGUGUCUUCCGAAUGGAGAGAUAUGUGUGCCCCGCAUGCGUAUGUACAUAGUAUAUAUGCGUGUUGCGUCUUCUAAUAUAAGAAUGGUGGAGAUAGCAACCCACUAGUCUUCGGCACGUGUUGUUUCGAGACACUGGAGAACGACCGAUACUCCACGAACGAUCCGACGAACGCAACGCGUGCAAUUCUAUCUAAUCGGGCGCGAAUCGUCGACCAGUGAAAGUGAAAUAUUGCUACGUGAUAGAAAGUGCAAAAAAUCGUAUCCGCGCGAGGAAAGAGGAAGAAAAAAGCCUUCGAAAUGACGAUCAAAUCGGCCGACUUUGAGGUGCCAUAUUUGAAACGAUCGGGUCUCAACGGCCGGUUAGCGUUCGCUAUUGCGGCAGCCGCUCUCGGUUCAUCGUUUCAGCAUGGAUACAACACUGGCGUGGUUAACGCACCUCAACAGCUUAUCGAAGACUGGAUUAAAGAUCUGAAGACAAACCGCACGGGUGUGCCAACGCAACAGACGGAGGUGACGUUAAUCUGGUCGUUGGCGGUUUCGAUAUUCUGCGUCGGUGGGAUGAUAGGAGGUGCCAUGGUAGGCUGGGUGGCGGACCGCUUCGGCAGAAAAGGCGGCCUGCUGUUGAACAACAUUCUAGUCAUACUGACCGUCAUCUUCGAGGGAAGCGCCAAGGCGGCGAGGAGCUACGAAAUGAUAAUCGUCGGCAGAUUUCUGAUCGGUAUAAAUUCCGGACUGAACGCCGGUCUGGCGCCGAUGUACUUAGCCGAGAUCUCGCCCGUGCAUUUACGCGGCGCCGUGGGCACGGUCUAUCAGCUGGUCAUCACCAUUUCGAUCCUGGUGUCGCAAAUCCUCGGCUUGGAACAAAUCCUCGGUACCAACGAGCAAUGGCCGUUAUUGCUGUGCCUAACGAUCGUACCUGCGAUCUUCCAGAUGUGCACGCUACCUCUCUGCCCGGAGAGUCCCAAGUACUUGUUGCUCAACCGCGGCAAGGACAUGGACGCGCAAAGAGGCUUGUCCUGGUUACGAGGCACGAUCGAAGUUCACGACGAGAUGGAAGAAAUGCGAACGGAGUACGAGUCGGUGAAACUGGUGCCGAAGGUCACUGUGCGCGAGCUGUUUGUCAAUCCUGCGCUUCGCAUACCGCUGUUCAUCUCGAUCAUGAUUAUGUUCGCCCAGCAGCUAUCCGGCAUAAAUGCCGUCAUGUUUUUCUCAACCAAGAUCUUCAGGAUGGCGCAGCUCGACAAGCAUGCCGCCCAGAGCGCCACAAUGGGAGUUGGUGCUAUGAACGUCUUCAUGACCGUCGUGUCUUUGGUGUUGGUAGAGAAAGCAGGCAGAAAAACGCUACUUUUGGUUGGAUUCUUUGGCAUGUUCGUGGAUACCGUUCUACUCUCCAUUUGUCUCGCGUUCGCUGAUUCAUCGCGAGCAGCGGCGUACCUCUCGAUCGUGCUCGUCAUCAUGUUCGUCGUCAUGUUUGCCACCGGACCAGGAAGCAUUCCGUGGUUCCUGGUGUCAGAAUUAUUCAAUCAAUCCGCCCGGCCACCCGCUACCUCCAUCGCCAUUUUCGUCAACUGGACCGCAAACUUCAUCGUCAGCAUCGGCUUCUUACCGCUGCAGGAGGUAUUAGGCGCUUACGUGUUCAUCAUCUUUGCGAUACUACAAUUAUUCUUCACGAUCUUCAUAUAUAAGAAAGUACCGGAGACGAAGAACAAGACUAUGGAGGAGAUUAGCAGCAUGUUCAGGCAAAUAUCUUAUCAAUGA